AGGAAGAGAGGAAAAGAAGAAGAAGAAGGAUAAGGAGGAGGAGGCACUGAGAGAAUGACAAACAAAACUGUCCAGCUGGUCAGAAAGUGGGUGGGCCUCAACACACACUCCACACGGGGCAUCAUCUUUCUCCCAUGUGGAGAGGGGGGGCUGGGAGUCCCCAAUGUCGAGUGGACCUACAUAGCCACCAGGCUAGCCCACCUGGUCCACAUGCUUAACAAUGAUGAUGUCACCGUAAGAGAAAUGGCCAGGGCCUCUCUCCUGUUGGAUCUACAAAGAAGGAAGAUCCCCCUGGCCAGCGCAGACCUGAACAACUUCCUCGGCUUCAGGAGGAAAGACUCUGGGAAACUGGACUCUCAGGCCAAGGGCUUCGGGGUCUGGUCUGACUGGCCAGAUAACACACAGACUGAAGUCCCCGUCUCUGAUGAACUGAUCACAGACCCCAGUGUGGUUGUGAAGGCCGACAUCACAACACCUCAGGAAGAGACUGUGGAACUGCACAGAGACUCUGCAAGGAGAGUUCUGCUCAGCAUGAAGCAGUCUGAGAUCAGGCAGCACUGGUGUGGACUCAGAUUACAGGGAAAGCUAGCCUGUUUGGGGUUUGCUGACCACUCAGUCUCACACUCAGUGUUUAAGAACGCCGCUGUUAGUGAGGAUGUUCUGACAUUUACCAUCAAAGCAAGACUGCAGGUAUUACCCACUAGGUACAAUCUGUCCACCUGGUACCCUCACAUUCACACUCCAUUCUGUUGAAACCAUCAGGAUUCACAACAACACCUAGAAUCAAUUGCACACAUAACAAAUGGAUGUAAUGCAUACAAACGCCUGUACAUAGCCCGUCAUGACCGUAUUGUGGACAUUGUGUCUGAUGCGGUACAAAACAUCUUACCAUCUAGCGCAGCAAUGUACAAGCACACUAGAUUGUUACCAGAAUGGUUUGGUUUUUACCAAUGAUGUCUUUGCUAACAUCCCAAAUACACCUGAUGUGGUUUUUGUUGACACCGACCACAGGGAGGUGCUAAUAUUAGAAGUAGGCUGUGCCUUUGACCUGUACAUGGACCAGGCUUUCCAGGACAAGUAUAUCAAAUACCAACCACUGCUCAAUGUGAUAACCAGCUUUGGGUACAAGUGUAGAUAUAGCAUACUCAUAUUCGGAAGUCUUGGCCAUAUAUAUAUAAAUGCACCAUGAUUGGUCUGAGAAUUGCUGGAAUGUCAAAGAGAAAAGCCAAACAAAUUGCCAAAUAUUGCUCUGUUUCAGCUAUUAUUGGCAGCUUAGCCGUGUGGAGAAGGAGAUGCUAUGUGUUCCCCUAAGUGUUCUGUGCUGCUUAGCCCCGAUAUUUGAUUCCCUGUCUUAUGUAAUAUAAUUUGUGGAACCAAAUAAAGUAUUCAAGUGUG